AUGAAAUUCUUAUGUAAUUUAGCAUUCUUUUUUUUUUUAGCAUGUUAUUUAACUAAAAAUAUAUUUUCCAAAAAUAAACAAAUUUUUAAAGACAAUGAAAAAAGAAAUAUAUUUUUUAUAAAAUUCUAUGAAUGGAACAAAAAAAAGAGGAAUAUUAAAUUUCACUUCCGCAAUUUCAUAAAACAAAAAAAAGUAUUGCAAGGAAAGAAAAAUUAUAAAUUUAUUUUUAAUAAAAUUAAUUAUAAAUCAAAAAAAAAAAAAGAAUUUUUAAGAAUUAUAAAAUUAAAUGUUGCUAAAAAGAAUAAUGAUUAUUUAUUCUUGUUAAAUAAUAGUAAACAUAAUGAAAAAUCAAAUGGAAAUUUGUUGUCUAGUUUAUUUUAUAAAGCUUUGGAAAAGAGUAAAAGUAAAAGUAGUUUAUUAAAUGAUGCAACAAAACUUUUUAGAAUAAUAAGAGAAAGUAAAUAUAUUUUUGCUACAGGAUUUCUAUUAACUAUUAUAUCCUCAGUUGUAGAUUCAUAUAUUCCUAUAUUUUUAUCAAAAACAUUAGCCUUUGUAAUGAAUAAAAGUUUUGUAAUUUUAAAAAAAAGUAACUUUCAAAUUUUUAAUUCUUUUAUAAAUUAUUUAAAUUUUAAUAAUCCUUUUUAUAUUUAUGUAUUAGUUUCUCUUUUAAGUUUGCUAUUUUCAUCUUUUAGAUCGUAUAUAUUUAACGUAUGUGCAUAUGUAAGUACAUGUAAAUUGCAAAAUUAUUUAUUUAAUGUAUUAUUAAAUAAAAAUAUAAAUUUCUACAAGAAAAAAGGGAAAGGAGAAUUAAUCAGUAGACUAAAUAUAGAUUCCUCUGAAUUAAUUGAUAUUUUUACCACUAAUUUAAUUGUAUUGUUAAGAAAUAUGAUUAAAAUUGUAUUGUCUUUUUAUUUUCUCUAUAAAAUAAAUGUAAAUUUAUUUAUAAUGUCCUUAUUUAUUGUUAUAAUUAUUUCAAAUAUUUCUAUAUUUUUUUCAAGUAUAUUUCGUAAAUUUGCAAAAGAAGAAAGUUACAUUAUUGCGCAAUCAAAUAAUAUUAUAGAAGAAUCUAUUAAUAGUUUUUCUCUUAUACAUACAUUUAAUACACACAAUAAAGAAAUAGAAAAAUUUAACAAAUCAUUAGACAGUAUUUAUUUUUGUAGGAUAAAAUUAGGUUUAUUAUACAUGCUAGAAAAAUUUUGUAUUCGUUUAAUUGAUAUGAUAACUUUUAUUGUAACUCUAAUUCUAAGUAAAAAAACUUUAGAAAAUAAUAAGUUUGUUGAAUCUAGAACCAUUAUUUCUUCAGUUAUAUAUAUGCAAAAUAUUAUAUCUCAAUCUUGCAUAAUUGAACAGCAAUAUUCGCGAGUUCAAGAGCUAAUUGGGAACGCAGAGGAUGUUAUAAAGUUAAUUGAAAGAGAAACUAUUCGUAAUAAUCAAAAUAAAAUGAGUUCAAGCAAAUAUAAUAUAUAUAAUUUCUUUAAUUUAAUUGAUUUAAAAAAUUUUAUUUUAAAAUAUUCUCUUUUAAAAAAAUUUCAAAUGAUUCAAAGAAAUUCAGAUUAUGUUGCUAAUAUUAUGAAACCUAAUUAUCUAAAACUUUUUGAAAGAAAUUAUAAUAAUUUAAUGAAAUUAUUGUUGGAUAAUAAAUCUUAUUUAAAUGACGAUGAGUUUUGCUUAUUGAAUGAAUCUAAAGAAGUGAAAAAUGAUGAAAAUGAAAAUAUUAUUAAAGAAGAACAAAUAAAUAUUCAGGAAAAAGGAAUCUUAAAUCCAAUACAAAAUAAUAUAAAUGAUAUUAAAAAAUGCAAAUUAAUUAAUCUUCCAAUUGAUGAAAAAAACGUAAAACUUGAAGAAAGAGAUAAUUCUAUAAAAUUAAAUAAAGAAAUUAAAUUUAAUAAUACAAUGAAAAGUUUUAGUUCUAAAAGUAAUAUUGGUGAUAUUUUUAAUAAAUAUGAGCAACCACCAAAUAAAUUAAAAAUAAACGAAUAUGAUAUAAAUAUUGAAGAAAUAUAUAAUUUUAUUAAAAAUGAUGAUGAACUUAUAAUAAAAUAUAACUUAGAUAGAAAAUUUAUAAAUUUUUUAUUAUCAAAAUAUAAAAGAAAUAUUCUAUUGCUAAUCUUAAAAUUGUAUGAAGAAAAAAAUAAUUUAAUAAGAGAAAAAUUUAUAUUUAUGUUUGAUAAUAUUUGUUCAUUUAAAAAAUUGUCUAUUCAAGAUAAAAAAAGUAUUCUAAAAAUGAGUAACAUAACAAAUAAAACAUUAUAUGUAAUAUUGAUAACCUUUUUAUUUUAUAAUUAUUCAAAGUUUUAUUAUAAAAAAAAAAAAAAAAAUAUCAUAAAUUUUUUAGAAAAAAAAUAUAAAUUUUCAAGCAAUAGUCUAAAUGAAAACUUAAAUAUUAAUAGUAAUAAUGAAAUAAGUGAUGUUAAUAUAGACAACAUUAAUAUGAACGAUGCUUUAAAUGAUGCUACUAUAAAUGAUACUAAUAUGAAUGGUUUUCAAGGAAAAAAUGAUAACAGUGAAAAUAGCUAUGUGAAUAAUAUAUACAAACCUGCAAAACAUACAGAAUAUACUAAUGAUUUAUACAAAAAUAAUAAAUUAAGUUCUCUGAAUAAGUAUGAAUGUAACAUUGAAAAAGGUAAUUUACAAUUAUCAAAACCUAAAUGUAUAAAUUACAAAGAAAUUUUAAAAAAAAAAAAAAAAAAAAAUUUUAAUAAUAUAUUUCCAUGCAUAAUACAGAACGCUAUAAAAGAAUUAGAAAUUCUAAAGUUUAUUGAUGAAAAUUAUAAAUACAUAAAUGAAAACUUAAUGAUGGAUAAUAUGAAAGAUGAAAAAAAAGGAAGUACUUUAAUUUUUGAAAAUGUGGACUUUUAUUUUGCAAAAUAUCCUAAGAAUAAAAUUUUAUCAAAUAUUAAUUUAAAUUUUUCACAGAAAUAUACAUAUGGGAUUUUAUGUUAUAACGAUUCAGGAAAAGAAUAUUUAUCAAAAUUAUGCUCACGAUUAUAUAAUAUAAAAUACGGCAAUAUUUUAUUAGAUAAUGAAAAUAUAAAAAAUGUAUCUAAAUAUAUUUUGACUAAAAAAAUUUCUGUGAUAGAAGAAGAAAGCUAUUUAUUUAGUGAUACAAUAAUAUACAAUAUACUUUAUUCUUAUAACUGCGUAACAAAAGAGAAUAAAAUUUUAUCACAUUUAAAUUAUAAUUUCAAAUUAAACCAAGAUAAUAUAAAUAAGUGUAUCCAUUUAUUCUUAGAUCAUGAUUUUUUAAAUGAAGAUAAUAAAAAAAAAAAUGUAUCAAAAUCAAAUCAAGAAUAUUUCCAUAAUAAUGGGAUAGUUGAAGAAAAUAAGGAUUUCAAUUUUAAAAGAUGCUUAAUGUGCGGAAAGAAAAUAAAUAUUAGAUUAAUUCAAGAACAAAAAAAAAAAAAAAGUUAUAACAAAUAUAAAGUGCAUUUCAUAAAAAAGCUAUAUAAGGAAAUCAUGAAAGUAUGUAAAAUUGUCCUCCUAAAAGAUGUAAUAAAUUCUUAUAGUGAUAAAUUUUUUCAUAAAAUUAAUGAUAAAAUAUUGUCAGGAGGCCAAAAGCAAAAAAUAUCAUUAGCCAGAGCAAUCAUAAAAAAACCGCAAAUUUUAAUUUUAGAUGAAGCAUUCAGUGCAUUAGAUUCAUAUAACGAAUUAAAAAUAUUUUCGAACAUAAAAAAAUAUUUACCAAAUUGUACUAUUAUAAAUAUUUCUCAUAAAACAACGACGAUUAAUAAUUGUGAUUAUAUUUAUAUAUUAAAAGAUGGCAAAAUUAUAGAAGAAGGCUUAAGAAAAAAAUUAAUGAAAAACAGAAAUAGUGAAUAUGUAAAAAAAAUCAAUGAAUUAUGA